AUGUUUAAUCAUAACCGGUGUUUGCCUCAGGUGAUGAAGCAUCUUCAAACGGGGCCUGGAAGUGGAGUGCCUGUUGUGUGGAGGCGGACAUCCACCACACAUUUCUACAAACGUGAACUGCAUCCGAUGCAUCGGUGUCUCUUCCGGUACCGUUUGGAACGGUUUGACAGUUUGGCGCUUGACCUGAUGAAGAAAUUAGACAUCCCUGUGAUGGAUUGGUGGAGUGUGACAGACGGGCGGCAAAGCGGAACUGCGGACAACAGGCAUUGGUUAGACCGAGGCCGAUGCAAAGGGACCAGAGUUCAGCUCUCGCAAGCGAACAUCUGGGUGAAUAAGAUAAGCUCAGUCAUUGAAAAGGCCAACAAUAAAUAGCGUAUAUAAGUAUACAUAGAGCGUAUAUAAGUAUACAUAGGAGUUUUCGUUGUUGUUAAUAUUUCUUACAGUAGAGGGUGAACUAAUUAUCCAAUACGUCGGUAGGUUGAUCGGUAAUGCAUUGUUACCUGCUACAUACACAUAUACGGUGCGCAUGGAAUAGUAUAGAGAGAUGUUUUCUCGUAGAGGUCAACACACUUCGGAUGCACAAGCUUGUUGACUUCAGUUUCUUAGCUGUGCCUCAGAUUUCACUAGUUGAUUGCUUGGAGACACCUUUGUGUGCUCCCUCUAGAAUACACUUCCUUUUCGUGGGUUAGUCCGAUCGGUCCUAAGGGAUCUUCUCUCCCCUAUAGUCUCUCACUUGUCUGAGCACUUAUAACCUCCCAUGCCUCAUGGCCAGGCAGGGACAAUUAACCAGGACUCGUGUGGACCACACAGGAUUCACCCCUCACCCCCGCCUUAGCGGUCACUAUACCCAAUAGCCUGUUCGCUAUAUUCUCAUGAAUAGUACCUCCCGGUUUCUCACUGUGUCACAUCU